UGAAAGAUAUUCUCAUUAUCCACCGCCGGUUUCCCACACCAAAACAAUCUGUGUCAGUGUGUGGCUCUCGCUCCGUUUUUUUUUUCUUUUUUUAUCAUAAUUGAAUUCAUUUUCUAUGAAUUCACCAACCCUUUUGUUUAGUUCAAUCUGAUUUCACUUCGCUCUAUCCAAUUUUGAAGUCAUUGCAUGGAAUUCCCCCAAACGACGGCGAUUUGUGGUUGUACUUAAACAGUGUGCUUUGGAUUCCUGACUUGAUGAGAUUCCCAUGCCUUUAUUAGAUAUUGCUAUUUCACAACCUUGCUCUUGUUUCCUCAACAAUAUAGGAGUAUCAUUUAAGUCAGUAAUCGAUCUUCCUAAGAGAAUAGUAGUUGGCAAUGAUAGGAGGUUGGUAUUGGGAUCCACAUUUUCAGGGAGGAACUUUUGUAAUGGAGGAAGGGUGGGUGGAGACUUUACCUCAGGGAGAGCCGGGGUGUGGCAGGGUAGGCUGAUGAUAAAGGCUGUUGGUACGCUCGAAAUUUCUAGUGUACCUUGCAAAAGUGGAGGGGUGAAGAGGCUUCAAAAUGCAUUGAUGAUGAAUGUUGAUUCUGUGAGGUCGAGUUCCACUGAAAUUGAACCGGCACAAUCUUCAGGUGAAGACUCAAUGGACAUGGAUGAGAGGGAGUGGUUGAGACGGAUGAGGAUUUCCAAGGCGAAUAAAGGGAAUACGCCGUGGAACAAAGGAAAGAAGCACAGCCCAGAAACUUUGAGGCGGAUAAAAGAAAGAACAAGGCUGGCAAUGCAAAAUCCUAAGGUCAAAGCCAAGCUGAUUAAUUUUGGGCAUGCUCAAAGUGAAGAGACAAGGUUGAAAAUUGGAGCUGGUGUUCGACUUGGAUGGGAGAAACGCCGUGAGAAAUUGAUGGUCCAGGAUACUUGCUACUAUGACUGGCAAAAUCUAAUUGCGGAGAUUGCCCGGAAGGGUCUUCAAGGCGAGGAACAAUUGCAGUGGGACUCAUACCAGAUCUUGGAUAAAGAGCUCCAGCAGCAAUGGCAACAGAGUGUCGAAAAAAGAAAAAGCAUGCCUAGACCUAAGGGAAGCAAGAGAGCACCCAAAUCAGCCGAGCAGAAGAGGAAGAUCUCAGAGGCCAUAGCUGCAAAAUGGGCUGAUCCUGAUUACCGGACUCGGGUCUACUCUGGUCUAGCUAAAUAUCAUGGCAAACCUGAGGGGAAAGAAUGGAAGCCUAAGAGAAAGCCUGCUGGUGACGGACAGGCUCAAAGUAGAGGUCGUAAAGACAAGGAUGAGAAUGAUGAUGCUGCAAGACGCAGGACGAAAAACCUAAAUCAACCAAUUAGAGCAAAGAGAAGAAAAGCACCAUCAUACAAGGACCCGUUGGCCAGCACCAAACUGGAGAUGUUGAAAAACAUUCGAGCCAAAAGAGCUGUUGCUGUCAACAACCCGAAAACUGAAGCAAUCACUAAUGCCAAGUCGUUGAUUGCAGAAGCCGAGAAGGCGGCCAAGGCGCUUGAAAUAGCUGCUAAGACUAGCCCUCUUGCUCAUGCUUCGUUGAUGGAAAGCAGGAUGCUGAUCGCGGAAGCACAUAAGCUCAUCGAAUCCAUAGAGCUCGAAGAUGCAACAACAUCUAUUGAAGAAGAUAAUAGGGGAACUCCAAAUCUUGAAAACGAGGCGUAUGCAGACGAGAAAAAUAUGGAACUCAUAAAGCCCGUGAUAGUAAACGGAGUCCACAGCAUCUCUGACGAUCCUGAAGAAACCUAUAGCUUCAGUUUCGAUGAGUUCAUUUUUGCAGAUUUCAUCAAUGGCAACAGCUCAAGUCCUUACCCUCUUGAAAUGGAAGAAAACGGGCCUAAUGGCUCUGUCUCAUCAGUUUUAGAUAGCAUGAUGAACAGCUCUGAUUCGACCAAGAAUCGUGUCGAUCAUAAACCAAACCCUAAUGGGAGAUCAGUUCAUACACAAACUUCGGUCGUGAAGGGACCGGAGCUCCGACAUGAGAAUGUAGAGGCAGAGAAGAAAGGGGCGAACGUGGUCAAGAAAUGGGUUCGUGGGAGGCUCGUUGAAGUUGAAGAAGAAGAAACAUCUUAGGUUAGCUCUAGCAUUUUUGGAAUUAAUGCAUUAGUUUCUAUAUAUCCAUAUUGAUAGGAAGUAUAGAGUGUUCAAUACUAGCUUAUAUCCAGGUUUUGAUGUCCAAGAAUUAUUCAAAUUUUUACUUAAAUCUUAGCAAAAGCCAUGCAUAUAA